AUGAAGCUGCAUCCAGAUAGGAACAAGGAUGACCCCGAUGCCCAGGCCAAAUUCCAGGAACUCCACAAAGCAUACACAACUUUAAGUGACAGAGAAAAGAGGCAAAUAUAUGAUCAAGUUGGGCAAGACCAAUAUGAGAGGAUGGAAAGUGCGGGGGGUGCUGGGGCUUGGGACCAGGGCGGCAACAUACCCAACGCGGAAGACAUUUUCAGGCACUUUCAGGAUAUAUUUGGAGGGUUUGGCGAUGCUUUCUUUACCCAAAGAGGCUUUGGUGGUUUCAGGGGCAUGACCAUAACGAACAUCACACUGAGUUUCAUGGAAGCUGUGCAUGGUGUGAGGAAACAAGUCAGGCUGCCUAAUGGAAAGAAGAUCGAAGUGAACAUACCUGCUGGCAUUGACCACGGCCAGGCAAUCCAAGUUGAAGAUCAAGCCAUCUUGGCCAUAGAGGUCAAACCACACCGUUAUUUCCGACGAGAUGGCUUGGACAUCAUCUGUGAGACCUCGGUGGACAUUGUGGAAGCCAUCUUGGGUGGCAGAGUGGUUGUUCCCUCACUGAGUGGGGACACAGAGGUGUACCUCCAGGCGGGUACGCAACAUGGGGACAGGCUGCGGCUGUCCGGAAAGGGUGUGCGUCCUGAGAGGGGAAGGAGUGGGGAUCAGUACAUCGUGAUCAGAGUGGUGAUUCCACGAAAAGUGACGGCCCGACAACGUCAACUGCUUUUGGAGUUCGCAGAAGAGGAGCAGUCCAAGAAAGCUGCAUAG